AAUGAGUUAGCGCGCAGCAUUCAAAGUUUCCACUCCAUUCAGCUCUUGUUAGAAACAACAGGAAGAGUUAUACCCAUAUUUUAUUUUGUAUUUAUUGUAAUUUAUUAUAAAGCGUGCUUUUAAAUCAAAAUGGACUUCUUAGAUUCGCCGGUUUGUCCGAUAAAGCUGCAGAACUCACCGAGGAGAUCCCGGGGACAGAUUCAGAUAAUAUUUGGGCCGAUGUUUUCAGGCAAAAGCACUGAGCUGAUGAGGAGAGUUCGCCGUUUUCAGGUGGCCCAGUACAAAUGUCUGCUGGUUAAAUAUGCCAAAGACAUCCGGUAUUCUGACUCUGGUGUUGCCACACAUGACAAAAACACCAUGGAGGCUGUGCCGGCCACCUGUCUGGGAGAUGUUAGAGCUGCAGCGCUGCAAGCCUGCGUCAUCGGAAUCGAUGAAGGACAGUUUUUUCCUGACACGGUGGAGUUUUGUGAGGAGAUGGCCAAUUUAGGGAAGACGGUCAUUGUAGCUGCCUUGGAUGGAACCUUCCAGAGGAAGCCUUUCGGAGACAUCCUGAACCUGGUUCCUCUGGCAGAGAGCGUGGUGAAGCUCCACGCCGUCUGCAUGCAGUGUUUCAAAGAAGCUGCCUACACCAAGAGGAUAGGAGCAGAGAAGGAGGUAGAGGUAAUCGGAGGUGCGGAUAAGUACCAGGCGGUUUGCAGAAAGUGUUAUGGAGGUCUGGUGGCUGACAAAGAGAACAGUUCCUCUUUCAGGAAUGAAACUCCACAACACGUCCUGAUGGCAAAACACGCUGGCUCAAACGUUCCCCGGAAACUCUUCUCCUCUCUGCAACUCUAACGAGGAAAAACAAGACUUGAUAAUCAGUUUGAAACAUUUGUUUUCACAUAUUGUGUGUAGGUAGCAUCUAGCUGUUUUAUGUGUGAUGUUUGCUUUAGUUUUUGCUAUGAAUUUUUACAGGGAUGUGGAUGUAAUAUAAAAUGUAUACUUGAAAGACACGGAGCACUUAUUAAUUGCUUUAAAUGUAAAAAAUAUUACCAACUUACUGUUUUAGAAGUGGUAAUACGGAUACCUUUGUGUUUAGUUUUGACAUUGUUCAUUUUGUUUCAGGUCAGUAUAAUAAAAGAACUAACUUGUUCUGUUACGUCUUUAGGCAUCUCUGACAGUAGAAAACUCUUGGAUGUUUUACUUUUAUUUUCACCUCUCCACCACAGCAAAGUAAAUAGAAUAAUCUGCUUAAAUCUUGAAGAGCCAUUACUGCAGGGAGAUGCUGACUGAGCAGUCUAAUGUAGGUUGGAACUUGUUUGGAGUACUUUGUAUGUCUGCAAAAAUGUUGAUUUCCAGACUUUUUUUUUUGUCCAAUUGCCUUUAAGCUGUAGAGAUCUGCCUCAUAGUUUCUGCAUUUGAAGCCCUGUCCUAUAAAAUACAUGCUGUCAUGUUUGGAAUUUAUAAUUUAAAAUACAAUUAAAAGAGGGGUGGGUAUGAAGCAUUGAAAAGUAA